AUGGAUCAAAACGGCGUCGUUAGCUUCCGCCACCGUCAAUCUCCCUCGUCCGAUCGGUUCCUCGGCGUGUUCUCUCCGCCGCAGAGUGAUGCUGCUCUCGGCGGCGGGAUAGAUUCAUCGGUCGUCGAUGAUGAUGAGCUCAACGAAGAUGACGUGUUCUGGACUGAAAGAGACUUCACUGAAUCUCAACGCCGCUCUACUUCUCCUUCACAAAAUAGUCGCCGUCAGUCCUUCCGUAAGCGUGAGAAGUUUGGUAUUCUUGCUGCAUUAUCGGAGGAUCACCGGAAAACUGACCUGCCUGUUCUCCGUCGGAAGCCUUCAAUCACUUCCUCGCCUUCCGUUACGGCGCCGAUUUCAGCUUCGCCUUCUACAGUGAUACCGUUUUCACGUGCAAUACCUUCGAUUCCUAAGCCUCCAUCGGAUAAUUUUAAUUUUAAUCACUCAAAAUCCAUGCCGGCGAGGAAGUUCCAGCACUCGGCUCCGAUGAAUGUUCCGAUGAUGCCGAAGAAGGCACCGAGGAACGGCGAUCUUGCUGAUAUUGAAAUUGACGAGGAUGAUCCCGAUGAUGAGAUGUUGCCGCCGCACGAGAUGGUGGCCCGAGGAUCAAUGCGAUCUCCUAGAACCACAUUCUCGAUGCUGGAAGGCGUCGGAAGAACUCUUAAAGGGAGGGAUCUUCGUCAGGUUCGCAAUGCCGUGUGGCGCCAAACAGGUUUUCAGGAUUGA